GAUCAUUAGAUUUAAUGGACCGAUGCUGCCGGGUCUUAAUUCUUCGAUGGAGCUGAAAAAGAGAAAAGCAUGACUCAUACACCAAAAACCACGUUUUCCUACAAAAAAUAAUAUAUAUAUAUAUAUAAUAUAUAAAUAAAAAAUGGAAUCAGAUGGGGUUUCCUCCACAGAAUCUUCGGAGGAGUCCUUUACAGAUCCGGAGCAUAACGAAGAGUUGGGUGCUGAUACCUUCGACAGUGAUGACUCUUCUUUUGAGAGCUACGGAAUAGACUAUCUACAGCGGUAUUUUCCCAACGAGGAGGACAGACGAUUUCACAGGGCUGUGGACGAGUCCAAUCCAGCAAAAACUGGGAACCUCUACAGGGAGCUUAUGCAUAGGGAGCACAAUAUCAUCAAUCGGAUUGGUUGGCGUGGUGGCGGUAGCUUUGGCCAAGGAUUCUACCGCCACGUAGUAGAGCACAUGACCCUAUCGAACAUCCUAAAAUGCAAAGAAGCCACCAAUGUGAACUUUAACCAUGACGGCGAAUUGUUGUGCUACACCGACUCUUACAUAAUCAGCGCCUGGGACUGGAGGAAAAGUCAGGAACUGCUUAGAUUUUACCCUUGCAAAGAAUUAGAUCCUGUCAUGCAGCAAAAGUUCAUCGAUAGCCGUGGUGGACUUGACAUCGUGUCUGGGUGCGGUGACGGCCAUGUGGUUCGCACGGUCGUUUCGCCUUCGGGAUCACAAAUUAAAGUUAGCCUCUAUGAUCACCCUGGUGGCAUCCAGGACCUGACAAGUGUGCCAAACAGCGAUCACGAGAUUAUCAGCACAGGCGAGGGAACCGUCUAUCAGUUCGAUCUCCGCACCAGGGAAGGGAAGGUGAACUGCGUCGACCAGAACGAACAAAAGGUUUGGCUCGACACCAUUGACCAUCACCCCUGUUUGCCAGAGUUUUGCAUUGGAGGAAGGAACAGUACGCUGCUCGUGUAUGACAAGCGCAAUCUUUCGGAGCCUGCCCACAAAAUGACCCCAAAGAAAUUGAGCUCAAGUCCCGAUGUCUCCAGGGUUGUCUACAAUCACAGUGGCAGUGAGAUUCUGGCUUGCUUUUAUACCAUGGGUAUGUUUUUGUUCGACACCCGCAACUUCACAGACGGCGAGUACUUACAUUUCUUCGAAAGCAAUAGUCCAAAAAUUUCUGCGAAUUUCUUUGGACCCCGUUCGGAGUACAUUAUGAGUGGCGAUAAAGAUGGUUACUGUUUCCGGGACAGGAUAACGAAAGAAAUCAUCAGCGUCAGUAGGAUCCACUGCAAAGCAGUCGAAUCUCUGGAACCACACCCCUGGAAGCCUGUGAUAGCCUCCUCCCUCUUUGAUAGGCCGGGAAUCCUUAUUUGGACUCCAAAUGGCCUUGACUUCUAGCAUAGGGUUAUGGUGUAACUCGGAAGAUGUGAUUUCAUUUUUGUAUUAAAACAAUAGA